CACCAAGAACAAGUGCUUAAUGAUACAGUGGAUGGAAAAGAAAUCUACAACACAGUUCGUCGGAAAACAAAGGAUGCUUUUUAUAAAAACAUUGUCAAAAAAGGUUAUCUUCUGAAGAAAAGUAAAGGAAAGAGAUGGAAAAACUUGUACUUUAUAUUAGAGGGAAAUGAUGCCCAGCUUAUUUAUUUUGAAAGUGAAAAACGAGCCACAAAACCCAAAGGACUAAUAGACCUUAGCGUGUGUUCCGUCUACGGAGUGCAUGACAGUUUGUUUGGCAGGCCAAACUGUUUUCAGAUAGUAGUUCAGCACUUUAGUGAAGAGCAUUACAUCUUUUACUUUGCAGGCGAAACUCCAGAACAAGCACAGGACUGGAUGAAAGCUCUGCAGAUGUUUUGCAGUUUAAGAAAAACCAGUCCAGGAACAUCAAAUAAACGCCUACGUCAGGUCAGCAGUCUAAUUUUGCACGUAGAAGAAGCUCACACGCUCCCAGUAAAGCAUUUUACUAAUCCAUAUUGUAACAUCUACCUGAACAGUGUCCAGGUAGCAAAAACACACAUCAGGGAAGGGCAGAACCCUGUGUGGUCUGAAGAAUUUGUGUUUGAUGAUCUUUCAUCUGAUAUUAAUAGAUUUGAGAUAAGUCUUAGUAACAAAACAAAGAAAAGCAAAGAUCCAGAUAUAUUGUUUAUGCGUUGCCAGUUAAGCCGAUUACAAAAAGGACAUGCAACUGAUGAGUGGUUUCAGCUCAGUUCCCAUGUGCCAUUAAAGGGUAUUGAGCCAGGAUCAUUGCGUGUUCGAGCACGAUAUUCCAUGGAGAAGAUCAUGCCAGAGGAGGAGUACAAUGAGUUCAAAGAGCUUGUUCUCCAGAAAGAACUUCAUGUAGUCUAUGCCUUAUCCCAUGUUUGUGGACAGGAUAGAACACUGGUGGCUGGCAUUUUACUGAAGAUUUUUCUUCAUGAAAGGCUUGAGUCCUUGUUGUUAAGAACACUAAAUGACAGGGAGAUCAGCAUGGAAGAUGAAGCUACUACCUUGUUUCGUGCAACCACUUUAGCAAGUACACUUAUGGAGCAGUAUAUGAAAGCCACAGCAACAAGUUUUGUUCACCACGCACUGAAAGACUCUAUAUUAAAGAUAAUGGAGAGCAAGCAGUCCUGUGAGUUAAAUCCUUCCAAGUUAGAAAAGAAUGAAGAUGUGAACACUAAUUUGGCACAUCUACUCAGCAUACUUUCAGAAUUGGUUGAGAAAAUAUUCAUGGCUGCAGAGAUACUGCCACCGACAUUGAGAUAUAUUUAUGGGUGCCUACAGAAGUCUGUCCAAAACAAGUGGCCAGCUAAUACCACCAUGAGAACCAGAGUUGUUAGUGGCUUUGUUUUUCUUCGACUGAUUUGUCCUGCUAUCCUGAACCCAAGGAUGUUUAAUAUCAUCUCAGAUUCUCCUUCCCCCACUGCUGCAAGAACGCUGACGCUGGUCGCCAAGUCUGUGCAGAAUUUAGCAAAUCUGGUUGAAUUUGGAGCUAAG